AGAGAGAGAGAGAGAGAGAGAGAGAGAGAGAGAGAGCAAGGGAAGGGGGAGCAGGCAAGGGAAGGAGGGAGGGAGGGAGGGAGGGAGGGAGAGGAAAGCCAUGCUCACACACUGUGACAGUGCCAAAGCAAGCGGAGAACGGUAGAGAGAGAAAAGCAGAAGCCUUGAGAGUGCUGGAGGAGAGACUUGUAGUGACAGAAGGGUCAGAGGGAGCGGCACAGGGAGGAAUGAAAAAAAGAAUGAAGGGCUAGAAUAGAAAAAGAAACGGAAGGAUGGGAGAAAGGGAGAAAGACGUACAUGUGGCAGUGAAAUUUCCCAAGCUGGAUAGACACAUCUAAAGACAGGAAAGAAGAUAAGUGUGGAUUAACUAAUACUUGAUGUGUGUGUGUGAGGCAUCGUCACUGACAGAGAUUGUGUGAUGCCCUACUGGUGGAUUAUGAGAGAGUUGAAAGUAAGGACGAGUGUGUUGUAGCGUAAGGCUUGAGUGAGGGUGAACGUAAAGUGUAGGGGCAUCCAGGGUCAGCGUGAAGUGAGGUUCGGUGCGGUUCAUGCUUUCAUCACAUUCUCUCUCAUCAUGGGAUUUCAGAAGCUCUCCAUCAUAGUAGGACCACGCAGUCUCGUCUACUCUUUCUUUCUUUAACUUCAUCCUGUUGCUGCUCAACUCUGAAGAGAGAGAGAGAGAGAGAGAGAACGAGCCUCGUUGAUCCUGAGGAGGUCUGAGGAGCGUCGAGGCAGUACGUAGCGUUUGGUGAAUGCCUCCAGUAUCCAGCCAUGGGGGAAUGGACCAUCCUCGAACGCCUCCUAGAGGCUGCUGUUCAACAGCACUCUACUAUGAUUGGGAGGAUUCUACUGACGGUGGUUGUGAUCUUCCGGAUCCUCAUUGUAGCCAUUGUGGGCGAGACGGUGUAUGAGGAUGAGCAGACAAUGUUCCUAUGUAACACACUCCAACCCGGCUGCAACCAGGCCUGCUACGACAAGGCCUUCCCCAUCUCACACAUCCGCUACUGGGUCUUUCAGAUCAUCCUGGUGUGCACGCCGAGUCUGUGCUUCAUUACCUAUUCCGUGCACCAGUCGGCUAAACAGCGUGAUCGCCGCUAUUCCUUCCUCUAUCCAAUGCUGGAAAAGGACUACAGCCGAGAAGGCACCCGCAAGGUUCGCAGCGUCAAUGGUAUCCUGGUGCAGCACCCAGAUAGCAGUGGUGGCAAAGAUGAGCCUGACUGCCUAGAGGUUAAAGAGAUCCCUAAUGUAGCACGUGGCCUCACCCACAGCAAGAGCUCCAAAGUGCGUCGGCAAGAAGGUAUUUCUCGUUUCUACGUCAUCCAGGUCGUGUUCCGUAAUGCCUUGGAGAUCGGCUUCCUGGCAGGCCAGUACUUCUUGUAUGGCUUCAGCGUACCAGCCAUCUUUGAGUGUGAUCGCUAUCCAUGCCUAAAAGAAGUGGAGUGCUACGUGUCACGCCCCACCGAGAAGACAGUCUUCCUGGUGUUUAUGUUUGCCGUGAGCGGCAUCUGUGUGGUGCUCAACCUGGCCGAGCUCAACCACCUGGGCUGGAGGAAGAUCAAGACGGCCAUUCGGGGUGUCCAGGCACGCCGCAAGUCUAUCUGUGAGAUCCGCAAGAAGGACAUGGCGCACCUGUCACAGCCUCCAAACCUGGGCAGGACCCAGUCCAGCGAGUCGGCUUACGUUUGAUCUUCUAUUACCAUCUUUUAAAUGGAGUCAAGGGGUUGAAUGUUGAUAGUAAGGGAUAGGGAGUAGCCUUACCA